GGCAUGGGCGAAAUGUUUGUCAACACAAUCGGUGCUUUUGUGUAAUUAUAUUAUUGCAGACCUGCGGUAAAAUUAAACACGUAUUUUUUUGUAUGUGAGGGCGUACAUAUUAUACUUCACUAUCAGCUGUUUGUGAAUAGGUAAUCUUGCUGUGAAUAUUCGACGACAAAGUCAUAGAUUUGAUUGAUACUAAAAGGUAUUCCUUCACAAAACCAAGAAUGGAAAAAUCUGAGCUUUCGCCUCCGCCGUACAGCUCUGGGGAAUCAUCUAUCCCAACAAUCCCGAUUCCAGUUUUAGACCAACCAAGAACGAUUCCAGUGCAAAUGGCACCACCAGCGUAUGCGCAAACCGUUUUCGUACCGGUACACGCAGCACCGGUGACAGCUGUCGGUUUCCCGGUCCCAGCAAUCUGCCCUAGAUGUAAUCAGUCUGUGACCACACGCGUGGAAUAUGAAAGUGGUGCCCUUACCUGGAUCCUUGUGGGUGCCCUGGCAUUUGUUGGUUGCAUAUUUGGAUGUUGCCUAAUACCUUUCUGCAUCGAUUCAUGCAAAGACGCCGUCCAUUCCUGCCCAAACUGUCAACACUACUUUGGAAAAUACAGACGGUUGUAAUGAAGAUACCUAUUUUUAUGUUUUCCGUGCUCUUGCAGUGAUUUGUGCCUUUUUGCUGUUUUGAGACAAUGAUAGAACCAUUGUACUCUGUUUUUACCUCCACGAAUUCUGUUUUUCCAUUACCGUUGCUACAUACUAGUUUUCCCUUAAUUCAGUGUAACGCUCGUGAAUCAGAACUUUCUUGCAACUUUUCCCUGCUUAUUUUAUUUAUCAGGUUUUCUUAAACCAUACUCGUAGCUGACAAAAUUAUUCAUUGA